AUGGAGAGCUCUCACCGCCGCAAUUUAACCGGAGUGUUGCACACACCAUCUCCAGGCUCCCAGGACCCAGACAGCCCACUUCCCAUUCCCAUCAUCUUGAACCCGACUCUCGACUACCACCCAUCUGGAUCGUCAAUCUCAGAUGACGAUGCGAGUCGUCUGUUCGACACUCUUCUAGCGGAUAUCAUGGAGGAACAGGAGGCCGUCUCGUUGUCGUCAACAUUUCCAAAUCCGCCGCCGUUUUGGAGAGACUUUACGCCUGACAAGAUAGCUCGCUACGAGCAAGUUCGAGCAGAGCACGAUGAGGAUGACAACGAAAAAAAUACGAAUGGCGAAGGCUACAGACCACCGACCAGAAUCAAUAACCUUCCAGAGGAGUUGACCUACCUGCAACCGCCCGCAGAACCCACCGAUGGGCGAUGGCGCGUAUUUGGCGACCAGUACAUGCUUAACGACCAGUUACCGACGCUCGAAGAGCAAGGCAUUGCGAAUCUUCCAGCCUCUGGCCAGUCGAGCGCCAAAGAUGCCAAACACUACGAUCGCGCGUUCGAGCUCAAGCGUCUGUCCAAGUCGCUGCUACUCAACUUUCUCGAGCUUACCGGCGCACUGGCGCGGAGCCCUACACAUGCCGAGGCCAAAGUGCAAGACCUCCGCACGCUCUUCAUUAACUUGCACCAUAUUCUCAACGAGUAUCGUCCGCACCAGGCUCGCGAGUCGGCGAUUGAGAUGAUGCAGGACCACCUGGACCGCACGCGCACCGAGACUCUCGCCAUACGAACACAAGUCGACAAGGCGAAACGCCUCCUGGAGGGCUUGGGCAGCCUUAGUCUGGUUGAUGGCGCGACUACGGGGGCUGCUGGGGCCGUCGCGCAGCAAGCGGCCGAACAGAAACACGGCACCGAAGCUACCAACAUCAUAGACGUCGACUGGGAAACAGAAAGACAAACAUGGGCCUGUGUGGACGACUUGUUUUCCUGA